CUGCCUUUCACGGCAGGUGGGCGGGCGCUGUGGGGCGCUCCGGUGGGCUCACCGCACCGCGGGCCGCGCGGGGGCAGACUCUGGUCUCUGUCUCCGAGGUCCCGGCGGCCGGGAGGGACCUCUCGGGAAGAAGAGGAGGAGCGGAGGGCGGCUCUUCCCGCCUCCUCCUCGGCGAGCAGCGGAGGGCGGCUCUUCCCGCCUCCUCCUCGGCGAGCAGCGGAGGGGCGCGGAGCCUCCGCAGGCCCACCCCGCGACCUCCGGGGGCCGGUUCUCCGAGGAGCUUGGUCCGCGCGAGGGGCGCCGGGAGGAGGGCCGCCGCCAACGCCAACGCCAACGCCAACGCCAACCCGGGCUGACCGAGGUCGCCGCCCACGCCGAACCCGGCCUUCGCCGGCGCAGCCCCGGCUCCCUCAGGUGCAGGAAGCACCUGGGUGGAGGCCUCCUUCGGGAGAGCCAGAGAUGGCAUCCGUAGACUUCAAGACCUACGUGGAUCAAGCCUGCAGGGCUGCUGAGGAGUUCGUCAACGUCUACUACACCACCAUGGAUAAGCGGAGGCGCCUGCUGUCCCGCCUCUACAUGGGCACAGCCACCCUGGUGUGGAAUGGAAACGCAGUUUCAGGGCAAGAGUCCUUGAGUGAGUUUUUUGAAAUGUUGCCUUCCAGUGAGUUCCAAAUCAAUGUGGUUGACUGCCAGCCUGUACAUGAUGAAGCCACCCCAAGCCAGACCACAGUCCUCGUUGUGAUCUGUGGAACAGUGAAGUUUGAAGGCAACAAACAACGGGACUUCAACCAGAACUUCCUUCUGACUGCCCAGGCCUCACCUAGCAACACAGUGUGGAAGAUAGCAAGUGAUUGCUUCCGGUUCCAGGACUGGGCCAGCUAGUAGAACUCUGGAGAGAAACACAUCUCAAAAUGUGGGGACACCAGUUCCUUUCUGUUGUUGUGGGCUAUGCUGCCCAGGGUGAACUCUGCAUUUGCUCGAGUCCAAGGAGCCCCUUUACGAGUAUACUUAUUUGUCAUAGUUGCCUUUUCGUAGUACAGUUUUCUAUUUUUCUACUUGUCCAGUAGAGACCCUGGUUCUGGAAAUUCUGACAAAUAAAAUAAUACUACAAAUGUU